ACCUGCGAUAUGUUCUAGAAAAGGAAAAAUUAUCUGGAACCAACUUUCUUGAUUGGGAGAUGAAUCUUAAGAUUGUUCUCGAAUGCGAGAAAAAGCUCUACGUCCUUACCUCUGAGCCUCCCAAAGCUCCUGAAGCGAACGCCCGUGCUGUAGAAAUUACUUCGUACAAGAAGUAUGAAGAUGACGCACGUGAUGUGAGAUGUCUCAUGCUAGCCACCAUGACUCCGGAGCUCCAAAGGCUCCAUAAGGACAUGGAAGCUCAUCCUAUGAUGACUCGCUUGAAAGGUCUAUACCAAGGCCAGGCUAGACAUGAACGUUUCAAAAUCUCUACGACUCUGUUUUCCAGUAAGCUGGCAACGGGUAACCCAGUUGGUCCCCACGUUCUCAAGAUGAUCGGUCAGAUCGAAGCUCUUGAAAAACUGGACGCCCCGUUGCACCCUAUGCUGGCAACUGAUCUCAUCUUGGGAUCAUUACCAGCUGAGUAUAGUCAAACUGUAGUGAACUUCUACAUGAACAAACUAGAGAUGACUAUGCCUGAGCUAUUGAAAUUCCUCACAACUGCUGAGGAGAGUCUAGGGAAGGGCAAGGGUAAGUCUGUCCUGAUGGUAGAGGGCAGUACUAUUGCGAAGAAGAGUGAGCCACGUUCGCCGGCCGGGACCAAGCGCAAGGGUUCUAAGAAACCCAAGCCAGCGUUCAACUCCUCUUCGUUGAAACCCAAAGAAGGAGCUAAGAAGAAGUCUGCUGUAUGCUAUUAUUGUGGCAAAAAGGGCCACUGGAGGCGCAACUGCGCAAAAUUACUGGCAGAGAGGAAAGAGGGAAAGAAACCUCAAACCUCAGGAUCUGCAUGAACGUAGACAAUUGACGGAGGGAGAGAUACAACUAAAAGUCGGCAAUGGCGCACUCGUCUAUGCAUUGGCCGUCGGAACCUAUAGUUUAUCUCUACCUAGUGGUCUAAUAUUGCAUUUGAAUAAUUGUCUGUUUGUACCCAGUAUGAGCAGAAACAUCAUUUCUGUAUCCUGCCUUGACAAAGCAGGAUUUUCAUUCGUUGUAAAAGACAAAACUCUUUCUGUCUUUAGAAAUGAUAUAUUUUAUGCAAGUGCAAAAAUGACCAACGGUCUCUAUGUCCUUGACAUGGAUACCACAAUAUAUAACGUAGAUGUUAAGAGAAACAAACCUAACAGUUUGA